GUCCCUGACCGCACCGUCCCCGAAAUGUCGCGCUCUUUCUGGAUUCACGCGGAACCGCACUCGUUCCAAGUGUUCCAAAGUAACGCGUUCAAAGUGGAACACGUUCAGAAGGUGCUGUAGGUGGUGGCUCACCUCUAGGAGAGUUGACUGACUGGACCAACCAAACCGGUGCGUACGUACCUGCUACGUACAAGUGGAGUAAGGCAUAGUAUUGUAGCACGUACUUCAAAGUCAGUAGUUAGUUGGACAUCUCCGGGUGAAAACCGCGGCCCCAGCGACGCUUUUUUGUGUUGUCUACAGUUGGCUAACCAAGCCAUCCAACAUUAUCACCAUUGCCGCACAUCAUCCAUCCAAGGCCUUGAAUUUGGGAGUGAAACGUUAAUGGUGAUCGGUGGGAUUCAAAUUUGGCCCUACUUUUCUACACAUCUGGUAUCGUCUGCGUCCAGGGGUGACGUCGUCCAUGGUGGGUCCGGCUUAUAACUUCGAAGAGGAAUGCCAGCAGAUUUUAAAAGAGGAGGAACCCGCUUGCAUAAAUAAUCCAGGGGCUAAACUGGGCUAAUCUGAGCCGGUCGCUGAUGGAGACGAACUUUUCCACCCUCUUCGAUUGCGAUCGAUAAAACCUUCAUCGACAUUUGUGGAUCCGCGCAACAAGCAAGCAAAGCCGCAACGACAUCAUCAUCAUCGUCACCACCAAACAAACGAAAGGGUUCACACCGUCCGUGUCCAUCAAACUUCUGUGCUACACGUACCUGCGAAGGAAAAGGAGGAGGGAGGAGCACUUGGAACCCUGGAGCACCCCACGCAAACACCAUUUGAUAAAUGAACUUGUCAUGACUUGGAUGGACUGCUUUCCACCCCAUGAGGUGCGAUUGUCGAAUAAUCAAAAAUGAGCUCUCUCUUGGGGGUUUGCCUCGUGUCACUCGUCCUCUUUGAAGCUCUUCAAUCCUCGGCCCUUGACAGUAAAUGUUACUUUGGACUUGGUUUGGAAUCCGGAAGCAUCACCAACGACCAGAUUACGGCGAGUGCCAACACGAGCUCCCCAACUUCCGGUCGGCUCAAUCAUGACCACGGGGCUUGGUGUUUCCGAUCCAGUGAUAGCAUCGAUGAGGUGUUCUUCUCCGUGGAUCUGGGCCAAGUUCGGCUCAUCUCCGGCUUUCAAAGCCAGGGACCACCCCAAUCCAAGCAUGGGGUGGAGUACCUUCGCUACGUCGGACUUCGAGUGGCUCUCAGCUUGGACGGAUCCUCUUGGCGCGAUUGUUGCGGAGAUUUGUUCUAUGCGGAUGACAAGAGUGAUAGCCAAGGUGUAAUCUCCACUCACAGUUUCCACCGGGUGGAAACUGCCCGAUAUAUCCGGAUCUUGGCUUCCUCUGGGGUCCGAUGGGUGGGCCAUGAGGAGAAGUGCUUCAGAUUCGAAGUCUUGGGUUGCUCGCUCGAUGAUUUGAGUCGACGGUUCCAGCCGGAAAUUCACCUCAUGUUCAACGCCUUGCCCGCGGGCUUCUUGGACAUCCAAUGGACCAAGCCAGAGGUGGAGGUGGCCAAUCGUGAACGUGUCUUCUUGGAAUCAGAGCGGUUCCUGGCCAAAUUAGUCACCGAAGAAGGCCAAAGGCCAGAGAUCACUCAAUUCAAUCUCACCACCCCUGGGUUCAUCUCGGCGAAUCCCGUUUUUGGUGCCAAAUAUCAAGUGGAAAUCACUUGCGUCUACCAAGGGUUCGCCAUCAAUUGUGGGAGGUACGAAAAAGAGGCCGUGCUCAAGGCACCCUCGUCGUGUUUCCUGCACGUUUCUCCUUGUUCCAUCGCCGACCGGAUUGACUUUAUCCGUCCCCAUCGAUUUCGUGCCACUUCACUUGAAGAUGGAUCCGUCGUCGUCAAAUGGACGGAAACUCGUCAUGGUUGGAGAUCACCAAACAUGAGACUGAAGGUUGAGGACAAUGGCGGAAAUGUGAUUGAAGAGAUCGGAGACUCGAUUCAAAAAGUGAUCACCCUCCCGAAUCUUCAAAAGACCAACGACUAUAAACUUGUAUUCACCCCAUAUGGACCCAACAUUCCCAAUGAAGUCAAGGAACACACUGGGACUCUUGUUUUAAUGACAAAAUGGAACUCGACCAAGGAUCAUCAUCAUUCGUUCGUGGCAGAUGUGGACUUUCAGAGUCAAAUUCAAUGGAGUGGUCAGAUUCGUUCCACUUGGGAACCAGCUCGAGCCAUUAUGGAAAGCAAAAAGGCCAACGUUUAUUCGGAAUUCGAGGCUCAGGGCUAUAUCAUUAGUCUUCGACCCUUGGGAGGUUCAGAAGACGAUAUCCUACAAACUGCCAACUUGUCUUAUGUUGACAACGCCUUUAGUUUUGGAGGGAUAUUAAUGGGCAAUUCGUACCAACUGAGUCUCGAUUGCAUUUUUCAAAACCAAGUUAUACCUUGCGGAAACACUGUGAUUGCCUCCGGAUCACCCGUUCACUUUGUCGAGUCCAAUUCUUCAAUGGUGCUCUAUAUGGAAACGUCACUGCCUGAUCAAUGGGGGAAUUUGGAAUCCGAAUGUGUUUCGUCAGGAGGACAUCUGGUCAGUCUAGACCAUUACUAUUUAGAAGAGGCCUUGGCACGAAAUACCAAUCUAUCAAGCUACUGGUCAGGGGGGAAUAUCUGUCCCAACAGUCCAGCCCCUCCCGAUAGCAUGUGGAGUGAUGGAAGUGCAGAACUGUCAACCAAUUUCGCAUUCAAUUCCGGACUCGAUGGGGGUCACUGUUGCAUUAAGGUUGAUAUAGUAGAGCAACCUCGCUCGAAUUCAUCCUCAGUUUGGAAGGGAGAAAACUGUGCCAGCUACCUGCACGGCAUUUGUGAAUACAAAGUCACAGAUUACUUGGAUGAGCCGGUGAAUUUGGUCGGAACGGCCAUCUCUCCAGAGUCCAUCAAUCUGACAUGGAGUGGAGCCAUGAAGUUUUGGCAACCCCAAGAAUUCAUGGUCGUCUAUUGUCACGUGAAAUCUUUGUCAGCCGCAUCUUUACCAAUACGAGGCAAUUUUUGCCGAUACGACUCGGUCAAGAAUCAAUCUUUUACGAUCAAAAGCCUGCAACCUUUCUCAGAGUACAAUGUAUCAAUCAUUGGGAGACUUCCACCUUUUGAGAAGAUGGUCUCCGCUGUUGGCAACGCUCGUACACUUCCAAUGUCAGACGUGGAGUGGAUUAUCACGCCAAAAGGUCAUCUGAUAGUGUCUUGGUUGAAAAAGAUUGCCAAAUUUGAAGAGUCCGAUAUCGUGAUGUUAUCACUCAAACAUCUUGAUGGCAACGUCAGCUCAAAUUACACAGGAACGGCUUCCGAAGUUCGAGUGACUUCCCUUCAACUUGGCGGCCUUUACGAGUUCGUACUUAUUGACCCGAAAUUCGAGACUUCCUAUGGACCAAUUUCCAUCGAAGCUUACCCUAAUUGCUCAUCCGGAGCCAGGAUUGGCCUUUAUUGCUCACAAGUCGGAACUAGCCUUACCUCAGAGGCCAGAGCUGAUUCUGCUUGUCAAGGAUAUCCUCUCGAGAACCAAACGAGAUCGUUGGAACCCAUUGGACUUCAAAAUGGCACUUAUGAUCUGGUUUGGAUGGGCAAAGAGGCAAGACAUCAAAACCGACACGUAAAUACCUCAAGUAUGGAGGAAGAGGAUACGGAAAAAGAGAGUCGGAUCCGUUUUCCGGACACGAGAAGCAGUUCUGGAGCGGAGUCUUGUCAAGCUUGGUCGAUAGCUCAAGAGAGGUUGCGUGGCUACCCGUGCGAGGAAAUCUUACCGGUUCUUUGUCAAAAUGAAAUUCCAUUCGAAAGUAACGCGCCGAAUCGAUCAUCUUUAAGGAUAAUUCCGGGACCGACUCAUGUUGUACUAUCCUGGGAUGCUGAGGCUGACCAGGGCUGGCAGACGAAUUAUACAGUUCGAGUAACUCCCCAGACAGUUCUACUUGAUCCCAUGGAUACCCUCGGGCUUAAUGAUACCCUCAACCGAACUGGCAGAUUAGAAAACGAUAGCAACAUUCCCCUGGAGUUUAAUAUCAUCUCAUCAAGUGCACCUCCCAUCAAUCUCACCAAUCUUUGGCCGGAGAGUGAAUACUCUGUGGAACUCAUCACAUCCCUCGGUCCCAAGUUUAAAACCACUCUUCAAUUAGAUAACAUCUUCACCACUGCCAACGAUUCGAAGAUGCCGGCUGAGAUUGUUGGGUACACUAUGGUUGCGGAUGACUACCGAACGGCAGAGUUUUCGAUCAUGUCUUUUGUUAUGGUUAUUCUCCUCCUUUGCAUCAUAAUACUUGUGCUUUCUGGAACAAUCCCUGUAUAUGCCGACAAUGCCAUGCAGGUUUGCUUCCAAAUCUCAUUGUUUCUGUUUACUCUGUGCCUGCUUUUGGCGGGCACCGAUGGCCCGUGGUCCUGGGAUCCUGAGGAUCAAACGUGGUGUGCAUUGGCCACAGGAUUUUUGGCACUUUUCAUUUUGACGGCCUUAACUUUUUUGCUAUUGGAAAGCCUCUGCAUUGUUCACAAAUUGGUACCGUGGGUAACUUGUCCGUUAUUGGAUAACAUUCCAAUUUUGGUGGCCAUUGGUUUCCUGGUUCCUCUUUUGUAUAUUGUUAUAGUGGUUCCCAUUUUAUAUACAGAUCUCAUGCCUGAUCAACGAAGAGUAUGUUGGCUGAAUCUCUCCAAAGACGCGUCUGCUGCCAUCUUAGUUCCCAUAAGCCUUUUAUUUCUUGGAACCCUUAUCAUUUUAUUGAUCUCAUUUUUCUCUGGCUCAAAGGAGCGAUUGAUGUCGGCCUCAUACCACGUCCGGUCAAGCACCCUACGCUACACCCGAUAUGUAUUGAUGCUGAUAUUGGGCCUCUUGGGACUGGUGCUCGGUUUGGGUCUCAGCGCCACACAUCUGUCCUCAUCAGGUCUUCUUGUAACAUUCAUGGUGUUUUUCUUGAUUUUGGCGUUGGUCAUACUUAUUCUUCGAUGCUUCUUGGAUAAACAGGUUCUUUUACAAAUCAAAAGAUUACGUAAGUCAAAUGAAGAAAUUGGCGAGACUUAUCUGACCCGAAAUAGCGCGAGGGCUGAAAGUCGGUCAGCCUACAGCCGCAAAUCUAUCGCCUCCGGCCAAAGUCGCACGAAAAGCAUCGUGAGCCACAAUCAAGUGGCACCUCAAAGACAGAGCAUCACUCCUGUCGAGAGUGAGGAGGACCCUGCCGAGAAUCGAAGUCCGGAUGAACUCAUUCGUGGGCCUCGACAAAUUCCUUCCAACCGGUUUGGGCGUUUGAGCCGAAAAAGUUCAUCUUCCACCACUACCCGCACUACUCACAAUUCAGAUCAUCUGCGGUCUUCCGCGUCCUCUUGGAUCUGGCCGCACUCUGUCAAAAGGCCGGCCACAGAUAGUGAGGCCACCACCGUGGAUUGCGAUUGGCAGCACUCAAAGAACGCCUUGUGGAGGGAGCUAGAAAAUAAUAGCCCCUAUUCCGCCUCCAAUCGGAAGGCAUUACGUCGGUUUCGGCGCAUUUGCAGUGAACAGUACACGCCAAUACUGUUGCGAAGCCACGGACUUCACGGCUCAGUUAGUCCCUCAAUGGAUGCCAUGGACCCUCCUGCCAAGUAUACGAGUCCUUUUGGCGACACUGAUCUACGUCCAGUUAUUCCUGAUGGCCAGGGGCGACUACGUUCUGCCGGCCUCAAAGAUGCCUAUUUUAGCUUGCCGAACACGCCAGAUACCGAGGACCCCAUGAAAGGCCUGGCUAUUGCGAGGCCAUUUCUUCAGCUAUCCACCGAAAUUGGCGGUGAAUCGUACAUUUGAAGUAAUUGUCAACGAUUGAAAAAAAGGGAAAUAAAUCUUACUUCGAGCGACAA